CCCUAGCUUUGGAACACAUGGUUGUGUUCGAUAUGUGUUACAGACUGGCCCGACAACACGGAGGCGUAUUUUUUCCGAUUUCCGAACAAGUCGAGAAAUUUUACCGGGCGAUGUAGAAAUAUAACUGCAACAGACAAUGUCCGCGGCACCCAUGUUACAUUCCCCACCUACUCUGCGCAUGCUCCGUGACGAAGCCGAAGCAUAUAUAUAUGUACCUCGUCAAAACCACUUUGUAUUUUAAAGUGUCUGUACAGUGCGCAGAGGAACCGGUGGCAGUUGAGCCUAGCAUCCGAUUUGUGAAAAUUUGAAGCAAUGGACGGUGGCUCAGGAGCAGCCUCUGAGCGAAUUCUGCUGGAGCCAUACAAGUACUUGUUGCAACUGCCAGGAAAGCAGAUGAGGACAAAAAUGGCCCAAGCAUUUAACUACUGGCUCAAUGUUCCAGAGGACAAACUACAAGUUAUCAUCGAGGUGACUGAGAUGCUCCACAACGCCAGCUUGCUCAUAGAUGACAUUGAGGACAGCUCCAAGCUGCGGCGAGGCUUCCCUGUGGCUCACAGCAUAUAUGGAAUUCCCUCCGUUAUCAACUCAGCCAACUACGUCUACUUCUUGGGGUUGGAGAAGGUGCUGACCCUGGAGCACCCUGAGGCUGUCAAAGUCUUUACCCGGCAGCUUCUGGAGCUGCAUCGCGGCCAGGGCCUUGAAAUCCACUGGAGGGACACCUACUCCUGUCCCACCGAACAGGAGUACCGCAACAUGGUGCUGCAGAAAACUGGAGGGCUCUUUGGCUUGGCUGUGGGCCUGAUGCAGCUCUUCUCAGAUUGGAAACAGGACUUGAAACCCCUUUUGGACACGCUGGGUUUCUUCUUUCAGAUUCUCGAUGACUAUGCCAACCUGAGCUCCCGUGAGUACAGCAAGAACAAAGGCCUCUGUGAGGACCUGACUGAGGGCAAGUUCUCUUUCCCCAUCAUUCAUGCCAUAUCAUCGCGUCCAGAGAGCACCCAGGUGCAGAACAUCCUGAGACAGCGCACGGAGAACAUGGACAUCAAACGAUACUGUGUGGACUAUCUCGAGAAAAUAGGCUCGUUUGCCUAUACCCGUCAGAUUUUGCAGGACCUGGAGGUAGAGGCCUACCGUCUCAUCAGGGACUUUGGGGGAAACCCUCAACUGGAGAGCCUGGUCAAACACCUCAGCAAAAUACAUCAUGGGGCUGAAGCCACAACAGAGUCCAGUACUGAGCCACAUUCCAGCCAAAACCACUGACAUGAUCCUCCUUUCACUGCCGCAUUACCCACAUACUAGUCCUGCACACUGCACUAACAAAGAAGCUUUGCUAAUAACACCAAUUCAGACAUGCAUAGUCCUGAAAACCACAACACACACAAUGCUGUUACGUUCGCAAACCAUUUCAUGGUUCACAAUUUAUCAUUAAACAUGAACACUUUAAUUCUGGUAGAAAGCUUUGGAUGCAUUCAGCAGCUGUGAUACAGCAAAGCGGCCCCAAAUGUUGCCUUUAUCUUUUGUGUGCUAGAUGGCAUCCUUCAAGUGUUACUCAACAAAGGACACAUCACCAAUUUUUGUAUCCAAGUAUAUCUGAAGUUAGUGGAAUAAAUGAAUUAAAAAAGAAAAGAACCUAUCAUGGUUUUAGGUUUGCUUUUCUGAAAAUGAAAAAUAAGAUGGCAAGAAAGCUUAAAAGCCUUCCUUUUGAUGUGUGAUGCAGUGCAUAUAAAUGUUUUUUUUUUUUUUUUUUUUUUUUAAUGCUUUGCCACCAAGUUGAAAAUUGUUUAUCUAGGGCCAAGCAAAUGCUGGAUGUUAUUUCUGAAGUCCCUAUUCAGAAUAAUAUGUGGAUUUCUCGAGCGUAUGGUGUGUGAUUUGAGGAUCCUUAAUCAUUACAACAGAGUGCCAAUCCGAAGAAUAGAGCUCUGCAACUCACUUGUCUACUUGUUAUGUAAACUGCUAGCAUUAUAUGCAAAGUAGUGCUCAUGUUGUUUAUGCUCAGCUGUAUAUGAAUACUGUGUUGAUGCUUUGGUUUAUUGCAGACUGUGUUUCCAUCUGGUUCAGAUUAAGCACAGCUCUUCACAUCUCUAAUAUUUUAUUUGUAUGAUAUUUGAAGGUAGACACUGUGCUGCGGUUAUAAACCCAUUUGCAUUUAUUGA